AUGCUGCUGAGAGACUUCAUUCUUCACUUCCUCCUCAUAGUUGUAGAAGUGGCUUCCUCUGGAAGAGUGUGUAGUUAUCAGGAGGUCUUAAACUACCUGAACCUGAGCAGAGGCAAUGAUCUGUUUUCCUUGACCCGACCUGUGAAAGAUUUUAGAAAAGCCACAAAGGUGCAUCUGGAAGUAUUGCUGUACGCUAUCCUGGAUGUGAGAGAGAUUGACCAGACAUUUGUACCAUAUGUUUGGAUAAUUAUGCACUGGCAGAAUGACUUCAUUUCCUGGGAUUCCAGUCAAUUCUGUAACAUCACAAAGGUUACUAUUCCCACAGAUAUUCUGUGGAAGCCAGAUCUCACCAUUGAAGAAAUGACAGAAAGGGAUAAAGCCCCUCCAAGUCCUUACCUCACCAUCAACAGCAGUGGUACAGUCUUGGUCCAGAAUGAUCAGGUGCUGGUCAGCACAUGCAUGAUGCAGGUUUACAAAUUCCCAUUUGAUGUUCAGAGCUGCACUCUCUCCAUUAAAUCAGUUGUUCACUCCGUUGAGGAAAUUAACCUGUUGCAUACCUUGAACUCCUCAGUGACCACUAAUUGGUCACGUGAGUUGAUGAGCACGCAGUAUGAGUGGCUGUUUGUUAACAUGACAGUUGCCACCAAAAUGGUUAAACCAUUUGGAUCCCAGCAAGACACCAUUAUUUACACUAUCUAUAUGAAAAGGAGAUCUAUACUCUACAUCGUCAACUUCCUGCUGCCUGUCCUCUUCUUCUUGUGCCUGGAUUUGUCCUCCUUCCUGAUCUCAGAUAGAGGUGGUGAGAAGAUCAGCUUCAAGGUCACGGUGCUGCUGGCUGUCACCGUGAUGCAGCUCAUUCUUAAUGACAUUCUGCCGUCAUCGUCAGACAAGAUCCCACUGAUUGCGGUCUACUGCAUUGGGAUUUUUACGCUGAUGUUCCUCAGCCUCCUGGAGACAAUUUUGAUGAUGUAUCUGAUGGACAUCGAGUCUGAAUCCCAGGAAAAUGAGAUGAACAAACGACACAGUUUGGAAGACGGUUGUGGAGACAGUCAAGAUAGAGACGCCAACUACCAAAGCUGUGAGAAAGAAGAGAAGAACUGGCCUGGGUGUUCAUGUAUCUGUGGUCUGUCUGCAAACAAGAUGCCAACUGACCUGGGGCAGGGUUGCGGCAGCCGACUGACGGAGCAGCUGCAGGAGUUUGAAAUCUUCUCAGAUGGACUGAAGGAGAUAACAAGGAUGCUGUCUCUGCUUUGGAACAAAGCCAAGGAAGAAAGGAAGCCUGGCUUUUGGACCAGAAAGAUUAAAAUCAUCAACCGAGUUUACUUUAUACUCUAUGUAACAGCUUCCAGCUUGUUCUUGGGCCUCAUGUUUUCCAUCUGGACUGCUGAUGAAUAA